CAGCUCAUAAGUCAAGCUUAAUGAUGUCCGGAUGAGCCCGACUGCACCGGGAUUAAAGCCCAGCACGCAUGUGGACGCACACGCUCGCUUUCGGAAAUGGGAUUCGGUUUGGAGAAACUUGUGCAGUCGGACCUGGUGGAAAGUUGCUCGGUGUUUGAGCCGCUUUGCUUUCUCAUGGAUGGAAAUUAAGGAGAAGAAAUGCGGUGCGAUGCGGGAAAGUUUUGCACAGUUCAGGUAAAGUUCUCCUAAAGUUGCGCAUCUGGUUCUGAUACAGUUUGGAGAGCGAGUUAGAGAAGCCGGUUGGAUGGAAACACGGCGCUAGUUUUCAGGUUGCGAACAAACCACGGACGGUUUUGAUAACCCAUGCGCUAAAAAAGGAGGGCAUACACUCCCUAAAAUUAGGAGGAGGGACGCGAUGGCAGAGAAAGAGACGCAAAAGCGAGGUGCAGUUUACCGGAGUGUCUCUUUCAAGAGGUUGCAAAGUUGGAAAAGCAACAAGAGAGCUGAAGAACAGAGGUGCAGACCAGAGGAUUUGGAAAGUCCAGCCCUUCCCCCUCCAGCUGCCCAGCCUGUGGAUAUGCGCAGUACAGCUGCGGCUAGAAAAGUUUCCAAAAUCUCAGCAGCCACCCUCACAAGAGCAGAUCUCAAGAAAAGGCAUGGCAUUUCACCCUCUGUUCGCCAGCUGUCCGAAAAAUUUGGAGCGAACACGACUUCUGAUAGCACUGGAGUCCUCACCACUGCUUCUUCCCCAAGUAUUGGAGCUUCAGAUGGGACGCAAUCGCAGGAUGACAGCAAAGAGCUUUUAAACAGCCCUCCUGAGAGACCUUCGGAUCAAAGGUAUCACUCUGGGCAUUCCGGUCAGGAGUCUGUAUCCGGCUCGGACUCCGAUUUCGGUCAGAGGUACAGUGUUCGGAAGAGAGUUGGCACAACUCCAGGUAAGAGAGGUUUCUCUGAUGGAUCUGAUGGUGUUAGUGGUGCCACUUUUAAUUCAGAAGAUGAUGUUUUUGUCAUAGGGCGGUCACCACGCGAGAGUCACCGCAGCCGUGUUGAAACGAUUCAUGUCGAUUCGACCUGGCCGAGUGUUACGAAAAUCCGAGAGCUGUUUGAUGAUGGUCAGAGGAAGCACCGCAUAUCAGCGUCAGAUGUCGAGGAUUUGAAAUCUGCUGGAUAUAACGUUUAUUCUUUCAGUUCAAAAGAGGCAAACGUUUCUUUAGACAGACAGUCGCCACUACCGCCAAGAGCCUGGCAGGACACAAACAACUCGGAUUAUGAUGCUAACAGACUGUCUGCUGACUUUCUAAGCUCUGAUGACACUAGAUGCGCAGGUAGGGACUUGGCUUUCAGUACUGAUGCUCAUAGUUCUGUAAAAGAAAAACAACCACCAGGUACCGAAACACGGACCGAAAGUGACCCCCGGCCCUCUCCGCCAACCCCUCCACCUCGCACCAGCUCUAUCGCUCUGCCUCUCCGGUCCAAUUCCUGCGUUUACCGUAAGCAGCUGCAUGAGAGGGCAGAGCAGCCGCAGCCAUCAGAUAGUUUGCAUUCCUCGCAUAGUUCCUCAAAACCACAGACGGGCUCUUCCGUGGAACCGUUCACGGCUCAGCUCAGCUCGGGAGAGGAGCAGGUCGAGUCCGAAGGACCGACAAACACACUGCGUGGCAGUAGUGGAAUUAGUGCACAUUUCUCAAAAAACAAGCAUGGCGUCUGGACCAAAGUGGCACAGCAAUCUUCCGGAAGUGAGGAGGACAGCCUGGUAGGAUUAGCUCACCAUGUUCGACGCCGCUCUUUGAGGAAAAAGAAGAAAAGCAACUGCAGUAGAGACAAUGCAGAGUCUGAUGACAGUGAUGACCAGCGUCUGAUGAUAGAGCAAACCUCUGAAUCCCAAAUGGACAACCGUCGAUUUGAAAACUUGCGGUCCAAGACCUACUUCGGUGGGCGUACCUCUCAAGGCUCGUCCAUCAUCCAGGAGACAUACAGGCGGUUAUAUAAAUCCUCAGAUGGACAGAUUGGCUCGGGUCCUGUUCCGUUUGUAUCACGAGUGUCAAAGGUUACCAUUCCUCCGUUUGUCUCCACACCGCUGGGGUCACGGAGUAACAGCAGAUAUUCCAGCACCGAGACUUUAAAGGCAGAGGAGUCAGGACUGUCAUCUUCUGUCCACAGCAAAACGUAUCAUGGCAAUGCCACUAUGUACCGCUCACCUAGUCUUGGACACGGGGACGGCUUUUCUCGAGCACCAGUUCGUGUUCGGCCUCAUUUAAAUUCAGAAGAAUACUUAACGAGUUCAGAAAAGAGGCAAACUCGACACUCUGGAAUUACAGAAAAGGAAAAAGACAGGAUAUCAAUGUCGAAUCCUGAUAUUGCAUCCGAAACGCUAUCACUCUUGAGCUAUUUAAAAACUGAUUUAUCACAGCUGAGAAUGAAACGGCGGGAACAAGACGGCGAGGAGAAUCUGAACCCCAGCGUUCAUGGCGGUUCAAGCCCGUCAGCCAUGUACAGAAUGGGCUCAAGAAGCUCAGGGUUGAACUCAAGACGACCUUCGCUAAAAGACCUCACUGCUACGUUAAGAAGGACCCAAUCUUUAACGUACACGGACAAGCCGUUGGGUAGACGCUAUUCCGAGAUCGGGUCAGCUAUGAGAAGUUCCUCUGAGCAGAAACUGGACUUUGAAAGUGACGGAGAUCGAGUAGUGGUGUCCGAUAGAGAGGUGGAAAGUGACGAUUGCAGAGUGUGCUAUGGCUAUGAGGAGCAGAUGCCAACACCUCUACAAGACAGGUACAUUCAAGAAGCUAGGCAGGUAAUAAGAGAUAUUUGUCAGAUGGGUGCUAACAAAGAUGAUGACGAUGAUGAUGAUGAUGUUGAUGAUGUUAAUGAAGGCUUUAAAACAAAAGAAAACGUUUGCACUGAGGAAGAUGACGUAAAUAAACUGAAGGAACAGGAAAGGAACGUUGGACAGAUGAUGGACACUGAAAACAAAGAACAGAAUGGAAAUUCAGAAGAAAACAUGUUUGGUGAUAAGUCACUGGACGAACUUUCUGGACACGAGUCCAGUCUGACAGAUGAGGGAAUCGUCACGGAGCCAGAGGCUGGCUCAUGCACAAGACUGUCCUCUGGAACGGACCUCCUGGGGCAGGCGCUCACUGUUUGGACUCAGUCUGGGCUGUAUGAUCAACAGUUGCCUAACGUGACGCCAGAGAAGUAUUUCGCCUCUCCAGUCGUGUCUGUCAAGACAGAAUACGAAGCAGUAGCUGUGGGAGAUGUAGAACUUAAUAAAAAUGUAAACCAGGCUUCUAUGGAGGCCCCAGCCACCCCGAGCGCCCUUCGUAGACGCAGGAAAUUCUCAACCGGCAACAACUGUUCAGACUCCAACGGCAACGGGAGUAACGGUGAGUCCACCGGCGAGUCAGCUUAUCGUUCCCUCAGCGAUCCGAUGCCGCAUAGAUGCCGUCAGGUCACAGAGGAUGGCACUAACAGCUUCUCCUUGGACAGUAACCUGCUCGGUUCGCUCUCUUUAAACUCCAAAGUGGUCGUAAGUACGGAUUCUUCUGCAGCAGAUCUGUCUGAAUGCACCGGCAGCGCAGCUAGCGACCUUUCCGUCUACAGUGACACUUUAAGGGACUACAACACAGAGAUUCAGAGCAUCGUGCAUGAACCUGGUGCCAUGGACAAACUCAUCGAUGAAAAGGCAAACGGAAAAGCAGUGAAGAAAAAGAGCUUCAGUGACCCGAGCAGACGAGGAGAACUGAUACAUCCAGUUCUUGAGGUCCAAAACGAACCAAUUAACGAGCUCGAGCAGCCCAUACCUCCUUCCAGCAGUGAACCAACCUUAUCAGAGCAUCGAGAUGAGUUGUGGGAGCUGAACAGUAAACAGCGCCAGCCCUAUUCCAACAGACCUCGAUCCCAGUCCGAGCGCUUAUUGCCUUCCCAGUCUGACCGCAAUGGAGAUACUAAAGUGGACGGAGAGGCGAAGUUCCCCUUUGACCCAAAGCUGGCACAGGUAUUGUCUUCGUACAUAGGCCGUCGCAGUUACAAGAAGCGUACACCUCGAGUCACACAUCAGCAGUCUUGUGAGGAGGAGGACCAGUUUCCUGACAAGCAGCAGGAUCAGGCUACUGUUGACGACCCCAAGUCCAUCAUGCCUGAGUCUGAAAUCAGGCCCAAACAUAUGCGGCAUGUCAGUGAACCUGCUACUUUUGUCCCCAUUGUACCCUCCAACCAGCAAGGUGUCGGGUUUAAGAUCCCAGAACUCGUACGACCAUCCAAAACCAGACCAGCAGACGGAACUCCAUCCCUGGAGGACGUCACCGAACAGUACAUCCUGGCUUUGAAUCCACCCGAGGGUUCGACAGAGGCUGGUGAUGAAGGCGCCGAGGGUGCUAGUUGUACUCCUACAACCAGCGAGCCCAAGCUACAAAGGAAGUCUAGUGAUGAGCUGACCCAGGUGCCACUCAGAACCAAACCACGUGUGGACAUGAGAAGACACGUGAUGAUGACGUUGCUGGACACUGAACAGUCGUAUGUGGACUCUCUGAGGACCCUCAUACAGAGCUACAUGAAGCCCCUGAAGCAGCCUGAAAUCUCUCCGCUCUGUGAUCCGUCUCUGGUGGACGAGAUGUUCUACCAGAUUCCAGAGAUCCUGGAGCAUCAUGAGCUCUUCCUCGAGCAAGUGAUCAUCUGUGUCAAUGACUGGCACGAGCGCCAGACCGUCGGAGACCUGCUCGUCCAGUCGUUCUCCAAGGAAGUGCUGGCUAACAUUUACUCAGCAUACAUCGAUAACUUCCUGAACGCUAAAGACGCAGUGAGGGUCGCCAAGGAAGCCAAGCCUGCUUUCAUGAAGUUUUUGGAGCAAAGUAUGAGGGAGAAUAAAGAGAAACAGGCUCUGGGAGAUCUGAUGAUCAAACCUGUACAGAGAAUCCCUCGCUACGAGCUCAUAGUCAAAGAUCUGCUGAAACACACUUCAGAAGAUCACCCAGACCACCAGUACCUGCUGGAUGCUCAGAAGAACAUAAAGCGAUUGGCUGAGAGGAUUAACAAGGGACGCCGUAACGCUGAGGAGGUGGAGCGGGAGACGAGGGUCAUGCAGGAGAUCGAGGCUCACAUAGAGGGAGUGGAACAUAUCCUGAACCCUCAGAGGAAGUUCCUGCGACAGGAAAUGGUGAUGGAGGCGAAGUCAGUCGGAGGGAAGAAGGAUCGUUCUCUGUUCCUGUUCAGUGAUCUGCUCAUCUGUACCACGCUGAAGAGGAAAUCUGGAUCUUUACGUCGGAGCUCCAUGAGUCUUUAUACUGCUGCUAGUGUGAUCGACACCUCCAGUAAAUAUAAAUUCCUGUGGAAACUGCCGCUGGAGGAUGUUGACCUCGUGAAAGGUUCCAAUCAGGCAGCAAACAGAGAUACGAUCCAGAAAACCAUCAGCCGCCUGGACGAGGAUCUCAGUACGCUCGGCCAAAUCAGCAAACUGUCCGAGACGCUCAGCUUUCCUCACCAGAGUCUGGAUGACGUGAUUAAGGACCUGAUGGCAUCGGUGCACAGAGAAUUAGCAGAGAAACAAUCCCUGGCAUUCAGCAUGACCUUCCUGCCCACCAAGCUGGAGCUGAGCACGGCGUCGGCCGAUAGCACCUUCGUCUUCGAGUUCAGCAGUCCGGACGCUCGCAGCAACUUCGAGCAGGCGUUCGAAGAGGCUAAAAAAAAGCUGGCGAUGAAUAAGGACGAGUGGGAUCCCGAGUUCCUGAAAGCGAUUCCCAUCAUGAAGACUCGCAGUGGGAUGCAGUUCUCGUGUGCGUCGCCCAGCCACAGCAGCGUGGAGAACGUGUGUGAGGUGUGGGUGUGUAACAGCGAUGGCUAUGUCGGACAGGUGUGUGUUCUGAGUAUCAGAGCUGAACCCACGGUGGAGGCCUGCAUCGCCGUCUGCUCGGCACGCAUCAUCUGCAUCGCCGCCGUACCUGGACUCAAAAACAGAGAGCGUGUGGACUCGAAACACUCUGCCCCCACAGCCCCUCCUGAAUCCGAAUCUCCCCAUGCGGCCUCUGUCCAGCCCCAGCUCCACAUCUCCAUCUCUCGCUCCUCUCCAGAACUCAGCGAACCCCCCGCACCUUCAGCACCCGACCUGGGUCCCUUUGAGAGCGACGACUCUGACGAUGAAGACUCCCCGAGCCCUUCCUCCACACUGCAGAGCCAGGCGUCCCACUCCACCAUCUCAUCCAGCUACGGCAACGAUGAAAAAGCGGGCUGUAAGGACAUGGCAACCGAGACCACCAGUUCAGAAGAGGAACAGGAGUUCUCUGUGCCCAGUGGGUUUGGGCAGCAGAGGCUCAGUGUGGAGAGCCCAAUGGAUGGACGUGCCAUGCGUAGAUCCAGCCGAGGCUCCUUCACACGUGCCAGCCUGGAGGACCUGCUGAGCAUCGACCCCGAGGCCCAUCAGAGCUCGGUGUGGCUCGGCACAGAGGAUGGAUGUAUCCACGUCUACCAGUCGUCAGAUAACAUCAGGAACAGGAAGAACAGUAUGAAGAUGCAGCACUCGGCCUCCAUCUUGUGCAUCCUGUAUCUCGACAACAAAGUGUUCGUGUCCCUCACUAAUGGUGAAGUGAUUGUUUACCAAAGAGAAGCAGGAAGUUUCUGGGAUCCUCAAAGUUCUCAGACUUUGUGUCUGGGUUCUCCUAGCGGCCCCGUCACAAAGAUGGUUCCAGUAGCUGGUAAACUAUGGUGCGGCUGUCAGAACCGGAUUCUCAUCAUCAAUACCAGCACAUUAACACAAGAGCACUCAUUUACAGUGGGUCAGGACAGCGGGCGUUGUGUGACCUGCAUGGUGAGCUAUGGGCAGGGGGUGUGGCUGGCACUACAGGGCAGCGCGCAGGUCCGACUCUACCACUCCACCACCUACGAGAGCAUCGCCGAGGUCGACGUAGCACCUGCUGUACACAAGAUGCUUGCAGGUUCAGAUGCUAUCAUCCGUCAGCACAAGGCAGCGUGUCUCCGGAUCACGGCUCUGCUGGCCUGUAGGGAUGUGUUGUGGAUCGGGACGAGUGCAGGAGUGGUUCUUACUCUGCCAGUCCCACCCGUCACCUCCACUAUAGGCCCGGGGGCUCUGCGGACACCCCUCGUCCCCACCGGCUCCGCUCACGGACACACCGGCCACGUCCGAUUCCUCACGUCUAUCGAACUCCCUGAGGGGUUCGACAUCCAGUUCCCUUCACAGACAGAGACAGAGCCGCCUGCUGACGGAGGGGUGCGACAGCGGCGUUCCUCCGCCCCCCUCUCUGGAAAAUCCACCGUGCUGGUGAUCAGCGGAGGCGACGGCUACGAGGACUUCCGCCUCAACAGCAGCAGUGAGACGGUGGGACGAGAUGACAGUACCAACCACCUGCUCCUGUGGCGCGUCUGAGCUUCUCUACUCAGUCUGUACCACGCCCUCACCUCAAAAGAAGCUCCGCCCCCGCGCUGCCGGAGCGGCUGAACACUGCAUCUCUGUGCAUGAGAAACGGAAGGGUCGUCCGUAACGUAUUCCUCGUUCCGUCGUGUUAUCAAGUCGUACUCUGUCCCGUGGUGUAUGAAGUGAAUCUCGCGCUGCUUGUGGUGUUUUUUUGUGCUUGUAGCGUGAAACAACUGUGGAGAAGAUGUGAAGAUAAAAGAACUCUGGUUAAAGAACGGAAUUAGAGAGAGAAAGACGAUGUAAAUAUUCUCCGAUUAAAAAAAUGGACAUAUGAAAUGAGGGUUGCAAGGACUGCUAGGAGGACGGAUGAUGAUGAUGAAUGAUGGACUCGUUUACGUUUGGCGUGAUCGACUACUGCUCCGUCACACUGUGAUCACGUAAAGAAUGAAGAGCAUUUGUAUAAAGUACGUGCGUCACGAGAGUUCGUCUGUUCCUAACCAAUGUGCAAUAUAAGGCUAGGGUACCUAUCAAGACUACAUUAUAUAAAUAUAUAUUUACGCACACACACAAAUUAAAGCCACACUCGCCUCAUCUUGCACCCUUUUCCACUAACACAGUGCCAGUGGGAACCGUUUUGUCGAACCUGGCAACAUUUCUCCCAGUUUAAAAGCAAAAUCAUUCAAUCUAAGAAAUGGAGCUUUAAUUCUGGAUGCUGAAACGUUAAUUAUUAUCGGCAUGUCCUGCCAUCUGAAAAAGUACAAGCACCAAUUCCAUUGAAGUUGAUGUAAUGAAUCUUAUUAGGUCACAUCCGGGGAAAGAAUCAUGCUAUAGGCUUUAAAUACAGACUUUCUAAAACCCACCUGUUUAACGCUAACAUUUAAUCCAUAACACAAUCAAAAUGAUAUCUUACUUGGCAGGCGUUCGGGUGGUACAGGGUUUGAAUCCCCGGCAGUGUUAUCGGCCAGGUAGGCGUCUACAUACAGACGUGAUUGGCUCUGUCUGAAGCAGGGAUGGCCAAAGCCAUGAAAUAGAUUUGCGCCCUGUUCGGGAUGAUUCUGUAAAAGCCAGAACCACUGCCACCCUGACAUGGAUACAGCAUUGGUAAAACUUAAAAAUUUAAUAAAAUAAAAAUUUAACCUGGUGCUCAGGUGGCACAGUGGUCUGAUGCACUAGCCCAUCACUGCUGAGAUCUGGAGCUCGGGAGUUGUGGUUCUGUUGGUUCUACUGAGCGUUCAACAGGCACAGUUGGCCGUGUCUGAGAGAUGGAGGUCAAAGGCGUUUCUCAUUCUUGCUGCAGUUGCGACCUCUGCUGGCUGGUUGAAGAUGCCUACAGGAGAAAACGCCUCAUAGAAAAGCAUAGCAUGACUUUCCAUUCUGUCUGUGAGACUGCACCUAUGGCAUGCCUCCCCCCACGGGCACUUUGACCAGUCAUCAGAGGUCGUCAUUGACCCAGUGACAAAGAACAGUAGCCUAACGGUUAAGGUACUGGACUAGUAAGCAGAAGGUCGCUGGUUCAAACCCCACCACUGCUGGGUUGCCACUGUUGGGCCCUUGAGCAAGGCAUACAUAAAAACGUAAACGUAAAAAUGUAAACGUUAAACGUAAACGAACCCUGUGGCAGUCAUUGUCCCUCCCCCUACAGACACACAGCCAAUAGUGCAUAUGUGCAGGCACCCUGCCAGCUAAUAGCAGAGCUGAGAUUCAAAUUUGAGAGCUUGAGAUCUCAGCACUGAUGCUACACAUUUUCCAUCUGAAUCAUAGUGUGUAACUAUACUAGCUCACAUGAAUCUAAGCUCUGCUAUUGGACGGCCUGGUGUCUACACAGGCAUGAUCGGAAGUGUCUGAGAAGGUGCAAUAGUGACCUCUGCUGGCUGGUCGAGGUGCUGCACAGAGAUGGUGCAUUAUGAAGAGUCCUGUGUGAACCCACAUCAUGCAGGUGAAAAGAAGCGGUUGGGUACUGCGCAUGUGUCACAGGUGGUGUGUCUUAGGUACGGUUUGCUCAGUCAGGGUUGGGGUCUGCAGCAGUAGAGAAGAUACAACUGGGUAAUUGGAUAUGACUAGAAUGGGGGGAAAAAAGGGGCAAAUGCAAAUUCUAGCUAGUUCUAAUUAUGUCUACUGUUUAGUGCCAUAGUAUGUGGUUUGAGAUGCUACACUCGUGCACUUAUCAUGUCAGCUGAGCAGUAGGAUUGAAGCAGGUCAAAUUUGAACCACUUCUGGUUUGUAAAAUGACCUUUCCAAUCGGCCUCGCUCCACACACAUAAAGCACACUCUCGACUGACUGGAUGCUUCUUACGCUGUACGAACACUAGCAAAACGCAGCCUCAAGUAGGUUGAAUUGUUGUUAUUAACAAAAAUUGAGUUCGUCCCCCAAUCCCAGGGCACUGGCAUCAGUAGUCUGGUUUAACAUCAUGUAGUGGAUCCUGAUUAGGCACCAGAACCAGCACUGGCACCCUGUCAGUGGAAAAGGACUCUCAGUAGGUGUGUUCUAACACAACAGUAUCACAGUCUGCUUAAUCACACCUGAUCACCUUAUUGUUCUUGUUAUUCUGUUAUAACUGAGUAUGAAACGUAUGAGUCCGGAGUCCGUUAGGUCAUUUACAGGAGCAUUCGAUACAGCUGUUGUGGCAAAACUGUGUACAGUAUUUAUGUUUUUGAUUUUAUGUUUUACAGCACUUAAUUUAUAAAGACUUCUCUUUUCCUCCUUACAAA